AUGUAUAAUAAUAUUACUGAUGAAGAAAAAAAAAAAGGAUAUUUUAUUAACACAAAUAAAUCAGAUUAUGUAAAUGAAAUCAAAUGGAACACUAAUGAAAAUAGUUGUAAAAAAAAAAGUCUUUUGAAUAAUUCGGGUUUAAAAAAAAAAAAAAGUGAUAGUACAAUUUGUAAUGAAGGUAAAAAUAAUACAACUUCCAUGUGCAAUAAUAGUAAUAACACAAAUAAAAAUGAUUGUGAUUUUUAUAAUUCUUAUGUUAAUGUAUUAUAUUUUAAAAGAUUAAAAAUAAAUAAAAAAUUGUUUGAAAAAUUAAAAGACAAAAAUAUAGUCAUAUAUUUAAAAUAUAAAGAUAGUACUUGUGCAAGCGAAAAUAUAGAAGUAAAAAAUUCAGAAAUAAAUAAUUUGUUUUUAUGUUUUUUAAUAUCAGAACCAUUUCUUAAAAAUGAGAAAAAUAUAAUAAAAAUUUACAUAAAAUAUUUUAAAGAUGAUAAGUAUAAAAUAUUGUCAUUUGGAUUUAUAGAAUUAAAUUACACCGAUUUUAGUGAAAAGUUUUAUAGAAAAAAAACAUAUAUGUUAUGUUAUGAUAAAAAUAAUAAUAAAUAUAUUUUUGGUUAUAUAAUAAUGAUUAUGGCUAAUCAAAAAAAGUGGAAAAUAUGUGAUAAUAAAAUUGUCUAUGAAUAUGUAAAAAAUUCCUAUUUUGUUUGUAAUAAAAAUAAUUAUGAUAAGCAAAUUUUUUAUAUUUGUAAAAAAAUUCAGAAAAAUAUAUUAGAAUCAUUUAAUACAAAUGGGAUUAAUGAAACAAGAUUUUUACAAAAUCAAACUUUGUUGAAACAUUUUAGUGUCACUCAAAGUUGCCCUAGCACUUUUUCUGUGAAAAAUUCCCAAAAAAAUAUAAAUGAAGAAAAUAAUAUAAAUUAUAAAAAUUAUAAAUCAUUAAUACAUUUCAAUAAUAUAAAAAAACCAAAUUACUAUAUAAAAGAAUGCAAAUUAAAAAAUAUAAUUGAUGAUGAUAAAAAUAAAAAUAAAAAUAAUAUUAAUGAAUUUGAAGAAAACUUAAAUUGUACCAAUAAAAAUACUAUUGAUUGUGAAGAAAAUAAUAUUUUAAUUAAUUCUUAUAAUUUGAAAAAAGAAAAUAACAUAUAUUCUUUAUCAAAUGUUAAUCCAGAAAAUCAUUCAAAAAUUAAUUUAGAAAACAUUGCAAAAGAAAAUUUUAAUCAGUGUGAAGAAAACAAAAUAAAUUCAAAACAAAUUAAAGAAGAUAAUAUAACAAUACAUGAAGGAAUUAAUAAUAUAAAAAUCAAUAAUGAAAACUCUUUGAAUUAUGAUAAAAAUGAGUUGAAUAAUUAUUUGGGUUAUAAACAAUCUUACAUGGAAAAAAAUGAUAAACAUAUAAAUGGAGAUAAAGUAAAUAAUCCAUUUACUAAAAAUAACUUUGAUUUCUUUUUAUGUGAAAAAUUAAAAAAUAUAUUGAAUAAUGAUUUAGAUAAUUUUGUAAAAGAGAUGCAAUUUAUUCUUAAACAUCUCAAAAAAAAGAUAAUAAAAAAAAAUGAUUAUUUUAUAAAUGAACUAAAAAAUAAGUAUAAAAAUGAAGUAGAAAUAAAGAACAAGAGUGCUAUAGAAUGUAAAAAAAAUGGUUCUGAAGAAGUGAAUAAUAAAGAAAAGUGUGAACAAAUAAAAAAACAAGAACUAAAUGAAGAAAUUGAAGAUGAUAUAAUAAAAAUUUUAGAAAAUUGCAUAAACACGACCUCUUUGUAUAUUAAAUGUGUUUUAAAAGAUGGGGUUAUAAACAGUUAUGAAAAAGAUAUUUUCAUUGUGUAUGAUGAUAUUAUAAAUAAUAUGAGAAAAGCUUUGCAUGAAUAUAUAAGAGAAAGUAAAUCUUUAACAAAUGAGGAUUUAAAUGAAAAUAAAUUGACUGCUUGUUUAAAUAAUUCAAAUACAAAUGAAAAAAUUGUUGUAAAAAAUAAAAAGGAUGAACUUUCAAAUGAUGAAACAAACGAAAUGCAAACAAAAAUAUAUGAUGAAAAUUGUCUUACACAUAGUAAAACAUGUUUUUCCUCUUAUGAACAAAAUAAUGUUUAUUCUAACAUUAAUAGUGAUGAAACUUUAUGCUCAUCAUCAUCCUUCUGUGCACAAUCUUCGAUAAAACAUUCAAGAAGCCUUAAUGAAAAUUUUAAAGUAAAUAAUUAUAUAAAUCAGAAUAUAUCAACAGCGUUAAAAUAUUAUGAAAAGAAAUGGAAAAAUAAAUUGUUAAAAAUGAGAAAUCAUCUCUAA